AUGGGUCUGGCGGGCAGCCUGGAGGAGGUGCCUCCCCUCAGCAACCAAGGACUCUGUCUGGGCUCCCGGCUCCCGCAGGAAGGGUUGGAGCUGGGCUGGCCAGGCGGGCGGCUCUUCCUUCGGGGCUUCUUGCAUCAGGAGCUGCCCAAUGGGGAGCCCAAGGACGGGCCCAUCCGGGAGAACCAGGGUCCCCUCGAGGUGUCGCUGCCCCCUGAGAAGGCCGAGGACUAUGAGGGUCCCGGACAGCCCUUCGGCGUGGACAACGGAGAGAGGGCUGCGAGCCGCGAGGGCCUGCGAGGCCAGGGCAGGAAGCGCCUGAACAUCGACGCGCUGCAGUGUGACGUCUCGGUGGAGGAGGGCAACCGCCAGGAAUGGACGUUCACGCUGUAUGACUUCGACAACAGUGGGAAGGUCACCCGGGAGGACAUGUCCAGCCUCAUGCACACCAUCUACGAGGUUGUGGACACCUCUGUCAACCACUGCUCCAGCAGGAGCAAGACCCUUCGUGUGAAGCUGACCGUCAGCCCCGAGCCCUCGAGCAGGAGGAAGGAGGGGCCUCCUGCCGGUCAGGGAUCCCCCCCGGUGCAGGCCAGGCAGGAACACCACGGCAGGGCCGUGCAGCCACAGGGCAGGUCGCGCUCACAGGAGGCAGACGCACACACUGGGCACCCCCGCAGGUCUCAGGUGCUGGCCGACCACUCUGCACCCGCCACGGAGCCCACCAUCCGUGCCCUGGACGUGCCGCCACGGCCCAAGGGGCCGGAGAAGCCGCUCCUCAGGUCCCCCAAGGGCUCCAGGAGGCCGCCUGGGAAGGCCUUCAGCCACCACCCGCCGGCCCAGGCCCCUCAGGAUGGCCACAAACGCCACCGGCAGAAGGGCAGGGAGAGUCACUCACCACUCAAAGCUGUGCAUGGCCAGCCCACUGCAGGGGAGCAUGAGGUGGGGCGGGACCUGCCACCCGUGCCGGCAGGCGAGGGCCAUGCGGUGGCCGUGGUCCAGCGGCACGAACACCACCACCACCACGAGCACCACCACCACCACCACCACCACCACUUCCACCCACCCUAG